ACGCCCCGCCACGCCCCGCCCGAGGUGGCGGAGAAAGUGAUCUCUCAGUGCGUUAGUGCGUAGCAUGUGAGCAUGGCGCCCUACUGGUCCGCCGGCGCCCCAGCUGCAGCUGCAGCGGGCCCUGCGCGCCGCGCCUCCUCCGCGGGCGCCUUGGCCUCGGCCGCCAUGCAGGGCGCCGUGGGCCGCAAGGCGAGCAGCGCGGGCGAGGCGUACCACCGCAUCAUCUCGUCCACGCGCAACCCCCUGUACGGCAUGACGGCCGUGGGCCACGUGGGCCUGGCGGACAGCGUGGCGGGCUCGGCCUCGGACGACACGUCGGGCGGCUCGUCGUCGGCCUCGGCCUCGCGGCACUACGUGGACCCCUGGGACCUGGAGAACUUCAUGUACCUCAAGCGGCACUGGGCCGCCGAGGACGGCGAGGGCGAGGCCUCGUCCACGCCCGCGCUCGAGUCGGGCGCGCAGUCCGACUUCUACUACGUGGGGCCGUCGAGGCCGGCGGCCCGGUCCUCGCCCGGGCUCGACGUCGACCUGGACGUGGACGCCUACCCGUCCAUGUACCGGCCCGACUCGGUGCUGCUGGAGCCGCUGGCGCUCGGCCCCGCCAGCAUGAGCGUGCUCAACGCCGUCGAGGAGGAGAGCUUCUUCAACGAGCGCUUCGACCCGUCGCUGCACCAGCGGCAGCACUCGCAGCACUCGCACCGGCACGUGCGCAGGAGCCACUCGGCCGCCGCCACCUACCUGCACGACGCUCUGCCCACCGGCAGGGCCGGCGGCGCCACCCCCGGGGCGCCCAGCGCCUACGCCGGCCGGCGCCGCAGCGUCGCCUGCGCGCCGCGCUACUACAGGACGCCCAUCACGGGCGGGGACAGCAGUGGCGAGUACGAGGCAUUCGAGGACUACGCCGACGAGCUGUCGCGCCGCCUGGGCGCCGUAGAGCUGGAGCGGGCCGCCGCCGCGCCGCAGCCGCAGUCCUCCGCGGCGUCCGCCGGCCCGCGCUCCAAGAGGCACUCCGUGGCCGUGAGCAGGCCCGCCACCUCACACCAGGCAAUAAUAACAAACGCGUAA